AUGGACGAACUAAAUCAACUGUUCAGAGAAAUGAAAACUGAAUUUAGCUAUAAAUUAAGUUCGAUUGAAGCACGCAUUACAUCUUCAGAAGAAAUUAUAACUUCCCAGAUCACUGCCCAUAUGAAUCAAAAAUUUGAAGGUCUUAAUAAAGAUUUGGAAUACUUACAAUCCGAGCUUGAAAACCAGGAGAAAAGAAUAAGUGCCAUAGAAAAACAUAACAUGCAGAGAAAUUUAGUGUUUUUUGGAGUAGAGCAAAACGACAAAAGAGAGUCUUACUUCCAGCUUCAAGACAAAAUAUUAGACAUAAUAAAUAACCAAAUGAAAAUAAAGACAGAACGCUUCGAAAUACAAUCCGUCAAAAGAUUUGGAAAUAUAGAGAAAAAACCUAGACCAAUCUCUGUUUGCCUAACAACGCUGGGUAAAAAAAUACAGUUAUUAAAAAAUAAGAAAUUUUUAGUAGGUUUAAACAUUCGUGUUCAGGAAGAAUUCCCCAAAAAAGUUCUUGACGUAAGGAGAGACUUAAAAAUCAAACAAAAAAUGGAAAUUGAAAAGGGAAACAUAGCCUACAUAAAAUAUGACAAACUUAUUAUUAAAGAUAAAAAAGAACUCACCCAUAACAAGAGAGUGUUGUCAGAAUCUCCAGAACACAUAUCCCCUAACGAAAAUAACUACACACAAAAGAAAAAAUCGCACAAAAAAUAUAGAGCAAACUCCAACUCUAUAACUUCAUACAUGAAUACCAAAACAAUACCAAAAACUCAAGAAUACUAUAACAAAACUACGCUCCCAAGCCGAUUGGUCAUCGUGGGAGACGCAGACCAAAACCCUCCAGAACAACAAAAUAUCAAUAUCAAUAUUGACACCGAACAAAGCUCAAAAAUGAAACAUAACAAUCUCUACCUUGCUACUUACAACGUACGCAGUCUAUCUUCACACGAACGCCUACUAGAGCUCGAUACAGCAUUAAAAAGAAUUAAAUUUGACGUUAUUGGUCUAUCCGAAACUAAGCGCCUCGGGAACUCAAUUGAGGAAUACAGGAAUUUCAUACUGUUCUACAUAGGACAAACACCCGGGCUUCAUGGUGUCGGCUUUAUAGUAAAAAAAUACCUUAAAGAAAACAUAUUGAAUUUUAACGGAUUGUCUGAACGAGUAGCUAUCCUGAAUCUCUCAUUUGACAAAUUAAAACUAUCCAUUAUUCAAGUUUAUGCACCAACGGAGGCAGCGCCUGAUGAAGACAUCAAAGAAUUUUACAAAACUUUAAAUACGGCACUCUCGAUGUCCAACCGAAAUGUUAUAGUCAUGGGCGACUUUAAUGCAAAAAUAGGCCAAGCAAAGUCGGGAGAAAAUUCGAUAAUUAAAUACGGAUACGGUACCAGGAACGGCAGAGGAGAAAUGUUGAUAGAGUUCGCAUUUGAAAACAACUUGCCCAUCUUGAACACUUUCUUCAAGAAAAAAGACAAGCGCAGAUGGACCUGGAGAUCACCGGAUGGCUCUACAAAAAACGAAAUAGAUUUUAUACUAUCAAAUCUCAAAGGCAAUGUCACUAACAUCGAGGUGAUUGACUUACCGUUCUCGUCAGAUCACAGACAGAAGAUCAAACCUAAAACUAGAAGUAUGAAAAAUGAGUUAAGCGCUCUUUACAAACUUACUAGCAAAUAUCUCAAAGCAGACUAUGAAGAACAUAGAAAAAAUAUAAUAGAAAAACACCUAACAAGUAAUAGCAGCAUGAAAAAGGCCUACAAGGAACUCAGAACUCACAAAUCAUGGAUUACGAGCUUACACGACUCUACUAAUAUGGUCCAUAAUCGAAGAGAUAUACUUAAAAUAGCGACAGCUUUCUAUAAAAAACUAUACAGUGAGAGCCGUGUAGAAAACGUUACGCACAUGAACGAUAUAGCCUAUAAUGAAGAGCCAUCGCAUACUGAAUAUAUUCCCUUCGAUAUAACUGAAGUUUUAAGCGAAAUAAAGAAGCUGAAAAAUGAUAAAAGUCCUGGUUCUGACAAAGUAUCAAACGAAGCAAUAAAAACUGCGGGCUUAUGUCUAGCAUGCCCCCUGACAAAAUUAUUUAAUGAAAUUAUAGAGAAAGGUGUCGCCCCCAGACAGUGGACAGAAUCUACAAUAAUACUGCUAUACAAAAAGGGAAACCCACACAACAUUUCCAACUACCGUCCAAUAAGCAUACUACCAUGUCUUUAUAAGCUCUUCGCCUCUCUCAUAGAGAAAAGAAUAAAAGGAACAAUAGAGUCGAGUCAGCCAAUAGAGCAAGCAGGCUUUAGAUCUGGAUUUUCUACAAUAGACAACAUACACGCAAUCGAAAUAUUGAUAGAAAAAUUCCAAGAAUACCGGAAGCCGCUCUACAUAGGCUUUAUUGAUUACAAAAAAGCGUUCGACAGCUUGACUUACCAGGCUAUAUGGAAAACAUUGCUAAACUUAAAUAUAAACCAAGAAUACAUAAAAAUACUGAAACAUCUUUACGAAAAUAGCACAAGUAAGAUCCAACUAGAAUCAACAGGUCCACCUUUUGCUAUUAAACGCGGUGUAAAACAAGGUGACCCCCUAUCUCCGAAAAUUUUCAUAGCCGUGCUUGAGUCAGCCCUAAGCACUCUACAAUGGAAAAAUCUUGGAAUAUACAUUCGAGGAAAGUACUUGAGCCAUCUGAGAUUUGCCGACGAUAUAGCCAUUUUCUCUGAAAGUAGUGCGCAAAUGAACCUCAUGGUGAAUUCACUGAACGAAGCAAGCAAAAAAGCAGGAUUAGAAAUAAAUUUUAAUAAAUCAAAAAUAAUGACUAACCAUAUAGAAACUCCAAUAAUAGUAGAAAACACGCAACUGGAAUUCAUAAAUAAAUAUAUAUAUUUAGGCAAACAAAUAUCCUUUCAAAAUGAUAGGAACGAAGAAGAAAUAGAAAGGAGAAUUAAAUUUGCAUGGAACAAAUUUUGGAGUAUGAAAGAAGUAUUGAAAAGCCAAAUGCCUAUGAAGCUGAAAAUCCAAUCACUACCAAAAAUACAUCAGUCAAUUGAAUUGAACGAUGAAUUGCUUCAACGUCUGAAUCUGUGGUCUUGA